ACGACCAAGUGACCAAGUCGCGCAAUUAUUUUGGCAAUCGAGCAAAAUUCGGUCAUUAUCUUGAAGUGCUGCUCUUAUAGCCUUGACUCCCAAAGUUUCCCCAAACCCCAAGUUAACGAACGUCUAUGACUUUCGCAGUGUGUGCCACCGAACCUGUCGAUAAUUUUUUCAGUAUAAAACGCGCCACUGCCUCAUUCGGUUGCGACAAACCAUUUGAUUCUGCACUGGGACUGAACUUUGGUGCCAUUGUUGCCUGCCUGUCUAGUAUAAAAGCUCGUUAAUUCUUUAAGAAUAAAGCGGCAACAGUGCGCAUAUCAAUAGAGAACGCGCAUACUAUACUACUACUAUAUAUUACAUACAUAUAUACAAAAACAUAAUACAAGUAUACUACUCAGUAUACCUCCCAUACACUAGACAUUUAUGGCGAGAAACUGCUGCUGCGCAUUUGCCUUAAGCGCGCCCCAACUCUCAGAGACAGUCGACAGCAAGUCUAUGGCCAUACUGACGGUAACUGUACCAGCGGCAGUACAAAAUAGCUGAAUUGUGACAAUUCCAGCCUAGCCCAGCCUAGCCAGCUUAACCAAGAAAGUGAUAAACAAAUAACUGUCCAACACACAAAAUGAAGAGCCACAAUUGCUUGCAACCCUUGCUGUGCCUCCUGCUCCUGCUGGUCAUGUGUCUGGAACGCCAAGUGGUGGCAGCACGAGUGCGUGAUCUCUGCCAAGUGAAGCCGAGCACCAGCAGCCUGUGUGUGCCCACCACACUGGGCAUAUAUUACGAUCCGGAGACCCAGCAUUGUCGCUAUAUGGGCUGCAGCAGUAAGAAGCUCUUUGCCACACUGGAGGAUUGCGAGAAAAUCUGCAACAAUAAGCGGCAUAUCCGGAUACGCAUGAAUACGCAGUCUAGUAGACCCAAUGAGACGACAAAGUGAUGAACCAAAAGCACAAAUAAAACUAUAAAAUGUAUAUAUGUAUAGUAUGUCUUGAUAUUUGUAUGAUAUUGUAAAUAUAGUAUGUUAAGUCGAAGCUCAAAGUA